UUACAAUUGAUAUAGCUCAGCUUUAAUAUGGGUCGUCACAGACUAAGUAGUGGACCUACCAAAGUCAAUUCUAAGAGUCAGAGUCAAAGUCAAAGUCAAAGUCAAAGUCAUGGUAGAAGACUGGAAGAUUCAAGAUCAAUAUCUCGAUCUCGAGGGUCAAGUAUAUCUCAUAGUAAUAAAGAUCGAAAAUUAAUAUCAAUUGUGGGGAAUAGAGCUAAACAAUUGUUUAAUAUAAAGGGUAAAGAAAGAUUACUUAGUUUAUAUAAUUUACUUUUAAUAGAAUUAAAUUUACCUAAUAAUACAGAUAAUAUAUUAGAUGAACUGGUAAAUAAUCUUAAUAUUCCAUUACAAGAAGUUAUAAAUAUGAUUAAAGUACCAUAUCAUCUUGAACAAUUUAUGAUUUUUGGAUUAAUGAUAUGUUUUAAUUCAUUUUUAACAUUAUUUACUUUAGCACCAUUAAAAAUAAUUAUUUCAUUUAUAAUUGCUAUAAAAAAUGAAUUAAUUCAUAUUAAAAUUAAUCAUUCAAUUAGUUAUAAAUUAUGGUUAAGAAGUUUCUCUUGGGUUAAAAAAGAUGUAGUAACAUUAAUAAUUAUUUUAAUUUCUUUAUUAAUUUUAUCAAUAAGAUUAGAUAUUUCAAGAAUGUAUCAUGAAGUUAGAGGUGAAGCUCAUAUAAAAUUAUAUGUUAUAUUUGGUGUAUUAGAAGUAGCAGAAAAACUUUGUUCAUCAUUAGGUCAAGAUAUUAUGAAUAUUCUUUAUAAUAUACCAAUAUUUAAGCAAGAGAAUUCGAAAAAUUAUUUAAAAUUCUUUAUAUUUUUUUCAUUGGCUAUAUUUUAUGUUUCAUUUCAUACUUAUAUUUUAAUUUAUCAAACAGUUUCAUUAAAUGUUGCAGCUAAUUCUUAUUCUAAUGCAUUAAUGGCUUUACUCCUUUCAAAUCAAUUUUCAGAAUUAAAAAGUGCAGUAUUUAAAAAAUUUGAAAGAGAGGGACUCUUUCAAGUUGCUAUGGCAGAUUUAACUGAAAGAUUUCAAUUACUGUUCAUGUUAGGUAUUAUUGCUAUACGAAAUCUUUUACAACUUAAUAGUACUCAACUGGGUUUAAUUCCAAAUAGUUGGAAUAGUUGGAAUACAUGGUUUGGAGCAACUUUUGGUCCUGGAAUUGUAGUAAUAGGUAGUGAAAUAUUUGUUGAUUGGUUAAAACAUUGUUAUAUUUCGAAAUUUAAUAAGAUACGACCUCGAGUAUAUGAAAAAUUCUUAUAUGUUUUUAGUUUGGACUUUUUAGAAGUAUUUAAUUCAAAUCCUGAUCAACAUGAACUCACUGAUUAUAUUUUCUUAACUAGAAGAAUUGGUUUACCAUUACUUUCAUCAGCAGUUUGUUUCUUAAGAAUGACACUCCCUGAUUUAAGACAAGUAUUUAUAUUUCCUAUUGUAUCUUCAGCUACAUAUGCCAUAUUAAGUUCAUCAUUAUUGAUCUUUGUUACUUUUAUAACACUUUUAUUAGUACGAUUAAUCUUAGGAAUGGUUAUUUUAAAAAUUGCUAAUGUCAUAAGAAAUAAUCAUAUACGAAAUUCAAUUUCUCAAAGGAGUUCAAAAAUAUUCCCUACUAAUUCUCAUUCAUCUAAGGUUAAGAAUAAUGAUUUAUCAGAUGAUCAAGAUAUAGUUGCACAAUCUACUCCUGAACCGGAAUAUAUAGUUAAAGAAGAAUCACCAAAUAGUGCAGUUAAACCAGAAUCACCUUCGGAUAAUUCUAUAUCUAUAAUAGAUCUGUCAUUUUUCCCGGGAAUACCCAAUACAGAAGCAUCUUCUAUUAAUCCUAAUACAAGAAAUUUCCUAUACGAUUCAGAUGAAGAGAUUCCUCCUACUUUAGAGGAGACUAGAAAUAAAAAGAUCUUAAACAAACAUAGAAAUUCUAAUAAUAUCGAAGAGGAUGAAGUUCAUAGUUUAAAUAAAGUGUUACGAUAUGAAAUGUCAAGUAAAAGAAUAUGGUAACUAUAGAAUUAUAGAUUAUCUUUAUUUAUAUAA